ACGAGAUUUUGAAAAACUUUUUGUGGCUCUUGCGCUGCCUCAAUCAUUAAAUUUUCCAAUUUAAAUGCAUUUAAAAAAUAUAACAAUCUCAAAAAACAUUUAUUCAAUUGCAAAGUUAUCAAUCUCGUGAAGGAAAUUUGUUUUGUUUUUAUAUCAUGUCUCGUGUUACUCGCAACAAACAUGUCAUGAAGGAGAUGAUGGACGAUGAUUUGGAGCUCCCAACGGCGAAUCAACAAAUCGUUCGUGUGACUAGCAGCCGAGGUAACAAUCUCCUAGAAGUCGAGGGUUCAGAUGAUGCGGAGAAAUUCUUAGUCUCGAUGCCGACCAAAUUUCGCAGGAAUGUUUGGGUUAAACGCGGCGAUUUUGUCCUCGUCGAACCGAUCGAGGAGGGAGACAAAGUGAAGGCAGAAAUUUGUAGAGUUUUGACACCGGAACAUGUCAAGGAGUACGAGAAGGCCGGCAUUUGGCCGAAGAAGUUCACCAAGAAGCGUGAGCACUCCGAAGAACAACCAAAUGAGGAAGGUGGCGAUUGUUUCAUGGUGCGCAACCUGAACAGACCCCAGGAAACUGAGAGCGACUCUGAAGAUGAAACUGACUCGUCCUCCGAAGAGGGCUAGAAUUAAAAAUGCUUCAGCUAUAAUAUAGGUGCUUUAUUUAAUAAACAAAAAAUAGUUGUACGUACAAAAUUUAGAGAAAUACAAAUUUUGAAAUUAA